AUGCUGCCCCACCACCAGAAUCAGAACGGUGGAAUUGGCGCAUCGAACUUCAUGUCGCGUCUUGUGUCCAUCGCCGGACCAUCGAGUGAAGGGCGUUCGCCAACGACCAAGGAUACGGACACGGAAAUGACCGAUUCACCGCCGGCAACGACCGCUACCGCAAAGUGCUUCUCUCUGGAUUACGACAGUACCGCUGGCGUCAAAGCAGCGAACGUGUAUCGAUUCGGCGGCGGCUCAUUGGACUACUGUAACAACAGAUCCAUGGAGGUAUACCAAUUUUUCUAG